AUUACGCCAUUUUUGUACUUUGUUGGUGGUCUUUUGUCAUAUUUUAGUUUAUGUAGGGCGUCAUUUUGGUAUUUACAUUUUAUAUGAUGGUUAUUAAAUGUUUAUGUCUUAACGAAACUGUUAUGUAGUCGUCCUUACAAUCGUGUGAUAAAUUAUUGCGAUUACGAAACUUGUUAGCAACUGAAUUAGGUCACUACAGGUUAGAUUGGAUAUUGAAUAAAAUUUUAGGAAAUGGCAGCAGAUCACUUUUGUUUACGGUGGAACAACUACCAGAGCAAUAUGGUCAGUGAACUUGACAUCUUGCGCAGUGAGGAACAUUUAGUUGAUGUUACUCUUUCAUGUGAAGGACAGAAAUUUAGAGCGCACAAAGUAAUUUUAUCUGCAUGUAGUGCUUACUUCAGAAAUGUUUUUAAGGAAAAUCCUUGUGAGCAUCCAGUUGUCAUCCUGAAAGACGUCAACCAUGAAGAUGUAGAAGCCCUCUUGAGUUUUGUAUAUCAAGGUGUUGUUUAUGUAUCAGAAAAAAAACUUUCCUCAUUUUUGCAAACAGCCGAGUUAUUACAAAUUAAGGGCCUUACUGGUGCAGCAUCUACAUUGAAGGAUGAAAACCUUAGUGAUAAAUCUAGCACGGCUGUGCCCAAUAAGCCUGUGGUGCCAGCUCGGAAAGUACUUCCAUCAGUAUCGCCGCCCUCCACUCCGCCUGUUAAACGAAGAAAAGGAGCACCUGUACGGAUAUGUAAACCACAUGAGGAAGCAGAUGACUCGGACAACAAUAGCCAAAGAGAUGAAGAUGAUCAAGAACAAACAGCAAAUUAUGUCAAACAAGAAAAUACUGAAGAAACAGAAAGCAAACAGAUAUCAGAAGGCCAACCUGUAGAGGAAGAAACAUCAAUGGAAGCUGAAGGAGAAUUAGACUCUAAUGAAAGUGUGCCAAGUGCUUAUCCUCCAGGAGAGGCUCCUGAAAUGAGUGAGGAUGGUGAAGUCAAAAGGGAAGAAGCGACACUACUGGAACGUUCAUUAGUAGCAGCUAGUAUGUCAAGGCCCUUUGAAUCUCCAGGUUCAUUUCCUCCUUUUCCUGUGACGGGAAUCGUGCCAGGAAACGCUCCACUUCCUGAACAAGUCACGCCCACGGGGGGCCAGAUGAGUGCCCAACCGUGUCCCCUCUGUCCGAAGAUCAUCAGCAACAAGUCCAACCUGCUGAAGCACAUGCGUAUCCGACACACGGAUGAGUACAACCCCGCUUACUGCAUGCUGUGCAACAAACUCUUCAAGAACAAGUACAGUCUACGCGCGCACAUCAACAUCUACCACAAGUUCAUGCUGAACAGUGCACAACAGCCUCAGCCUCAGCCUCAGUACUGACCCCAGCCACAUCAUUUGCUUUUUAAUAUUUUUAUUUUUUUAGUUUGAGAGUUUAGUUAUAUUUAUAAUAGAGCUUUACUAGUAAUGAGAUAUUUAUAAUAGAGCUUUACUAAACAAGUAAUUAAUUACUUUAAAAUCUAUAUAUGUAUGAAGGAUAGAUACAUACAUAUGUUACUGACUCCACUGCCUUUGCACGAAGCUAUUGUACAAAAAUGAAAACUAAUACUUUAAUUGUUUGGGUCAUAAAUAGGAAAGUCUAAAUAUUUUCCUCAUAAUUGCUUUAGUUUAAAGUUUGUUUUUAAGAGUUUCAUGGAUCAAAAAGCUUAAGAAUUGUAACUCUUGAUUUUAAUUUUUUUUUAUUGUCUGAUUUCAAGACGCACAUCUUAACUCUAGAUUGCAAUCCUGCUUCCACAUUGUCCUAUAUCUGGGAUAAAUCUAUUCCCAGUACAUGAAAAUGAAGAUCAUUUCUGCACAUAUAUUCCUUUUACCUUAGAGUUUGUUCCUGAAGCAUCAAUUAAUUCCUUAUCUUUGCAUUGUAUGUGCCUUGCAUAAAGUCAAGUCACCAACUGUGAAACAAUUAGGUUGUAAUUCACUCUAUUUCUUGCAUGCUAAUUCAAAAUCUAAUUUCCUUGCAUUCUUGCACGUCCUGGUGCCAGAAAAAGCCAGUAUGUUGAUGGUGCUUCCUGGUACAGAACAGAACUGUAAAUACCGUGUCUGUUUUAUCCCUUUACUUGGUAUAUAUAUUAUUUUGUAUUUGACACCUGUUCUAAAGUUGACGUUUAUGAAUAAAGCUUUCUGUAUGGAAGAGACCAUUGUGUAUUUUCCUAGAAGUAUAGAAACAUACAAGAUUUCAACUUCCCAUACUAAAUACAAUUAGUUAUACAUUUAAUUCAGUCAGUAUGACAUGAGGCUAAGUAUACUGUUUGUUAUUUACUGAAGUCUACAUUUUUAAUUUUCAAAUGUUUAGUUUCUCAUGUAAAAAGCAAUUAUUUUAAUGGAAAAGGCAUUUUUCAUACUUCCACAUUAAAUUUAUUUAAAAUUUGUCUUUUCCAUUAAAACCUACUCACUUCCAUCAAGAAUACAAAGCAGAAAAUGAAAAGCAAUUAUACUUAAUCUCUUUCUUCCUAUACAAGCACUAUCCAGAAAGUAGAUAACUUUUGAUAUAAAAAAAGAAAAAAGUACAAGAAAAAUGUUAUUAUAAACAUUUGAAAGUAGCACUAAAAUACUAUUGUUCAGCAUAGUCACUAUACAAUUUGGUUUCCCUAUUCACUUGUUUUACCCAAGUCUCAUCUCCUGUAAUUUUUCCAUUCAAGCAAUGUGGUACUAGCGUUUUGUAAAUGUCCAAAAAUGUCAAUGAAGCUGGCAUGUGCUGAUUUUUAUGAAAUUCUGUUAUAAGAUUUUCAGUACCCAUCUACUACUAAAUUUAUAGUAACCUAAUUUCUACAUAGCAAUUUCGUGUAACAAACUCCUUGAAAUUUGAUGUAAAGCUUAUCAAGAGUGUUGUAUGUACAACACCUGAUGGACGUCAGACAGCUAUAACAUAGCUGUCAUGUAUAUAAAAAACAGUGAAGCUGAAUGAGUUUAAACCAUAUUUCUCUUUUCUAAGUAAAACUGACAUUUUUGGACUCCAUGUGUUUUUAGUGGGAUCUGAGGUAUCAUGUGGUUGAGAUAACUCUGCAAGGUGAAUAGCUGAGAAAAUAUACUUGUUUUUAAGUUGUGUCUGGUAAAAGAGUUCCAUGGAUUUAAUUUUCAUACACCCUCAACAAUUUUGGAAUUUUUCAGGACUAUUCAGGUUUGUAAACAUUCAGUGAAGUUUUUUUAAACUCUAAGGCUUAAUCUAAUGUAAAAGGUUUUUGUGUUUACUACAUUUUUCAUCCAGGUAAUAUUGAAAAACCAUGCAACCAUCUCAACUAUUCAAGUUGCUAAAACCAAAACCAUGAUAAAAGUUACAAUAAAUUAUUGUAUAACAUGUUUUAGGUUACUUAGCUACCUCUAGAUGUGCUCUGUCAAUGGACUUUUGCUUGAGUAUAUAUGUUUUUAACACCUGUGUAUUAGUGUACACUUUUAAUAUUUAUUCAUAUGUCCUUUAUAUAUUUACAGUAUUUGUAUUUAUAUUUUUCAAUAUUUUAAACGUACAUUGUGCCUUAAACAUAUGAGAUUGGUGAUGAAAGUAUACAAUAAAAAAUAUUUACAAGCUUA